AUGGAGAGGCAGACCAGCUUCCGCCUGGGCGCGCUGGAGAAGCUCAAGAGCUUCCGGGGGAUGGACAACUUCCGGCGGAGCAAGGACAGCCCCGGCAAGCGUGGUGACACGCCGCUCCACCUCGCGGCGAGGGCCGGCAGUGUCUCCAAUGUCCAGAGGAUCCUUGCCGAAUCCGGCCGGGAGAUGGCCGGCGAGCUGGCCGCCCGGCCGAACCAGGACGGGGAGACGGCGCUGUACGUGGCCGCUGACAAGGGGCACACCGAGGUGGUGCGCGAGAUCCUGAAGGUCUCUGAUAUGCAGACGGCGGGGAUCAAGGCCAGCAACAGCUUCGACGCUUUCCACAUCGCGGCCAAGCAGGGCCAUCUGGAUGUAUUGAAGGAGCUGUUGCAGGCCUUUCCUGCUCUAGCAAUGACUACAAACUCUGUAAACGCCACGGCUUUGGAAACUGCUGCCAUUCAGGGUCACAUUGAUAUUGUCAACCUCCUACUGGAAACUGAUGCUAGCCUUGCCAAAAUUGCGAGAAAUAAUGGGAAAACAGUUUUGCAUUCCGCGGCGAGGAUGGGCCAUGUGGAAGUUGUAAGAUCCUUGUUAAAUAAGGAUCCAGGGAUUGGUUUGAGAACAGACAAGAAGGGACAGACGGCACUGCAUAUGGCGUCCAAAGGAACGAAUGCUGAAAUUGUGGUUGAGUUGUUGAAGCCUGAUUUCUCAGUUAGCCAUCUAGAAGAUAACAAGGGGAACAGGCCACUGCAUGUUGCGACUCGGAAGGGCAAUAUCAUAUUGCAGACUCUACUAUCAGUUGAGGGGAUUGAUGUCAAUGCAGUUAACAGAUCUGGAGAGACUGCUCUUGCCAUUGCUGAGAAGAUGAACAACCAAGAACUUGUCAACAUUCUGAGAGACGCCGGCGGCGUCGUAACUGCAAAAGAGCCGGCGCAUCCUGCAAACCCGGCAAAGCAGCUGAAGCAAACCGUGAGCGAUAUCAGGCACGACGUCCAGUCCCAGAUCAAGCAGACACGGCAGACCAAGAUGCAGGUCCAGAAGAUCAAGAGCAGGCUGGAGAAGCUCCACAUCGGCGGCCUGAACAACGCCAUCAACUCCAACACGGUCGUGGCGGUGCUCAUCGCCACCGUGGCCUUCGCCGCCAUAUUCACCGUGCCCGGCAACUUCGUGGAGGACAUGAGCCAGGCGCCCCCCGGCAUGUCCCUGGGGCAGGCGUACGUGGCCAGCGACCCGGCCUUCAUAAUGUUCCUGGUGUUCGACUCGCUGGCGCUCUUCAUCUCGCUCGCCGUCGUGGUCGUCCAGACGUCGCUGAUCGUGGUGGAGCAGAAGGCCAAGAGGAGGAUGGUGUUCGUGAUGAACAAGCUCAUGUGGCUGGCGUGCCUCUUCAUCUCCGCGGCGUUCAUAGCGCUGACCUACGUCGUGGUCGGCCGCGGAGACUGGUGGCUGGCAUGGUGCACCAUGGCCAUCGGCGCGGUGAUCAUGCUCACCACCCUCGGCUCCAUGUGCUACUGCAUCGUGGCGCACAGGAUGGAGGAGAAGAGCAUGAGGAAGAUCAGGAAGGCCUCCGCGAGCCAGUCCCGAUCAUGGUCCAUGCCGGUCGACUGGGACCCGGAGCUGAUCAACACCGAGUACAAGAAGAUGUACGCGUUGUAG